UCAUGUUCAUUUGAAUUUUAGGAAUAACAAACACCGUUUCGUUUUUAAGCCUUGUUUUUCUUUUUAGUUACACCUUAAGAAUUUUUUGUAGUGUUUUAUAACGUAUUUUGACUAAGACUGAAACGAAAGAUGAGGGACAUAUCGUUGGGAAUUUCAAUGGUCGCCAACCAGAAACCAUGGAUGCAUUUCGAUUCAACGGAGGAAGAGAGGAGACAAAUCCAUUGUAGUUGGGGUGAGUUCUUGGCGAGACGGAGCAGGGAUAUCGAUGCCAUGAGGAACUUUAAUCUGUGCGUUGCCCGGCAUGAUAAUGUUACCAAGCAAAAGGCCCUUUGCCUAAGGAGCAAAUUCCAAAGGACAGUGGGCUUGGCUCAGGGUGCCCUAAGGGAUAGUCAGAAGGCCACAGAGGCAAUGACUAAGUGGGAUUCCAGUGUGACAAUGGAAAUGGCCGAUUGCCUUUAUGAUCUCAAUCGGUUCGAGGACAACAAGGUACUCUUACAUAAUAGUAUUCGUCGAAAUAUUGGCACUUCACUGGAACCCUUUGAGAAGCGCCUACAUACCGUCGACGAGAAUCUCAAGGAUAGCACUGGGGACAGCCUGACGAACUUCUAUAUGGAACACUCGACCGAAAUGCCCGGAUUCUAUGAACACAAGAGGGAUCAACUCGAGAAGGCGGACAAGCGGCCACUGUGGAAAAUUCGAAGGGCUCGCAAGGAAUGCGAUGUUCAGAGCUUUAUUGAUCGAAAGGAGGUGAUGAUAUCGCCCCUGGAGAAAGAGCGUAGAUGUCGCAAGACCAAGAACUUUUAUCAGAACUACUUGGGUCGCAAUUGGACCGAUUUUAUAUUCCUAAAAACGCUUCGCAGCAACCCGAAUCUCCUGCAGGACCACACUUCUGGUUCCUCAAAGGAGAGGCGGGCAUAUCUCGAGAAAUCGUUCCUGCGUCUAAAGUCCUUUGCCAGAAUGCUCCAUGCCCGUAGCCCCAUGUACAAUGAGUAUUUUCAGCGGAGUCCUGUAAUGGAGGCCCGCAUGAGAGAGGCAAAUCUGUACAGGAUUCAAUACCAGACCAGACGUAAUAUGCAUAGUAUCCUUCGAACCAUACGGGUCCUUAGGAAAAGAAAGGAUCUCAGUUGCCUGCGUAAGUUCAUCGAGGAUGUGAUGGGCCACUAUGUAAUCCUAAAGACCGAACGCAUGAUGCCUUGGAAGGUGGAGUUUAUGAAUGAGGUCUAUAACCAUCUAGGUCUCAGUCUUUGUGAGAUCUAUCGCAUUCCAAAGACUCGACUAACGCCACACGAUAAGAACGCCAUGUGCACCCUGUUCAAUAUACCCCCUGCCAAACCAUUGGAGUUCACGGAGGUCAUCUUUGGCAAUCGAGCCUCCUAUAUCAAUGCGGGUCACGAUAAACCAUACACGGACCGAAUGGCCGAACAUCACAAUUACAUUGAGCACUUGGAACGGCGUCUAUUGUUCUCCAAUCUGGCUAUUGAGAGGGCAUAUCUGCUACACGAACUGGCCGAUCGGCAUAUGCAGAUAAAUCACUUCAGCCAGUGCCUGUCCUAUGCCCACAGGGCCACCGAAGAGGCCAAGACAUGCAACAGCCUCGUGUGGCAGUUCCACGGCAUGAUGCUAAUGGCCAAAUCCCAUGCCGUCCUCCACAAGUAUGAGCGUCAGAAGGAUAUCCUGAACUAUGCCUACGAUCUGGCUAUUGAGCUAAAGUCUCCACGCCUUUGCAUCUUCAUCGAACUGUGCCGCAUGCUGAACAGGGACUACAUAACGCUUCGGAAAAUGACACAGCUGGUGACCAACAAGCGACUGCGCACCAAAAUCUCCAAUAGAUCCAGUUUCUUAUCCAAUAUAUCGCCAAAUGACUCCCCCUAUGAGCCAGAGUACAGAGGACAUCCUUCUUUGGAGAAGGAACAUAUUUCGCUUCACUGAUCCAACGGAUCGGAUGGCGGGCACUGAUAUAUUCCAGUGCCCAUCAUUCGAUCUGUUGGGUGUUUUUUUAGACGAAAUAUGUUCUUUCUUUAAAAAAAAGAAAUUAUUUUAAU